UUUUACUUUUCAAUAAUGUAUUCGGCCUAAUAAUAAUAAUAAUAAUAUUAAUAUUAAUAAUAAAAAAAUGAUAAUAGCAAACAAAUAAAUGUAAUAAUAGUAUGUUAUUGAGAGUUACCUCAGAUCAAGCAAUAGUGUAUACAAUAUAUAUAUAUAUAUAAUAUAUAUUUUACUAUACUGUUAAGGAAUUAAUCACUAGCCAGUAAGCGUAGCUGUUGAUAUUGUGAAAUACUGUACACCUAUACAGAUCUCUAAAAAAUGUAUGUUAACCGUUGUUGUCGUUUAUACGCAUUUUAACGUAAAAUAUUAUUGGCUCAAUAAUUAAACGAUUAAUAAGCGAAACAAUUCUGAAUUAAUAAAGUUUAACGAUCGUUGAACGAUCAUUAAAAUCGUUUUUUAUGUUAAUUAUUAAAAUUAAGAAUAUUGUGCCAACAAUCGAUUAUUGUUAUUUUAUUUUCACAUCAAUUUAUUAUUCAGUACACGUGUAGACCACGCAGAAUAAAUAUACUAAGUGUUAAAUAUAUUGAAUAGAACAAAACAUAUAAACUGUACAUUACAUUACAUACAAACAUGUGUUCGUUGGAAAAAAAAAAAAUCUUUGUAUCGAAAUAGACAAAUCUAGACAAGAUACAAAAACUUCGACGUGAAUUUGUACAGUCAUCGAAAAUAUGUCAAAUAAGCGUCAUUUUACAUACAAAAUACACACAUAAUAUUUUGUAUGCAGAAGUAACGCAAUAAAAAAAAAAAAAAAAAAAACAACCGAAAAUUAAAUCAAGUUUUAUGAAUUUUUUAUUUAGCUUAUUUCCUUGGCUACCACCCAUUUCUAACUAAAUAUUUUCAAUUCCUCUUAUCUCAAACUAUAUUUAAAACAAAUAAUAUUUCAAAUUAAUAUAAAACUUCAUGACAUAUACAGAAAAAAACAAAAACAAAAGAAAAUUUUCGAUUAAAUAUUGCAACAAGAAAUAGUACCACAAUUCGACCUUCGUCUUCUCAAUUUGAAACGAAGCCAUGACUAAAUUUUACAUUUUGUGUUAUAGAAAUAAUAAAUUUUCAUAAAUCUACAUAAAUACUGAGAGAAAUAAUGUGGUAGAUCAAUUUUUCAACAAUUUUUUGUCAUGGAAAUAAUUUACGUUUAAAGAUUCUCAUAGAAAAGGAGUUUCAAAAAGAUGUUUUGGAUUUGGAGAGAAUCGCAGUUCCUGAAAAUGCAGAUGACACAUACUUUUCUAAAGAAUGUGAGGAAUCGCAGCAACGUUAAUUUCCAUGGACAGCGACACGUAUUGACGGUGAGUACAACAAGAGGCGUUCCUAGUACAAGCACAGACUUGAAGGAGGCUUUGUGUGAAAAGAUUCCUAUACAUUAUGAUCUAUUGAGAAAUUUUCGUCAACAACAUGGAUCGUCAGUCAUCAGUCAAGUAACCGUAGAAAAUAUUUAUCAAGGAUUAAACGGCGUGAAUACUAUUGUCAGAGAAACUUCUGAGACUGAUUCAAAAUAUGGGAUCAAAUAUAGAGGACUAACUAUACCAGAAGUUAUUACACUCUUACCUCGAGAAGGAAAGUCACCAAGUGCAGAAGCUGUGUUCUGGUUACUGUUAACUGGUGAUGUUCCAACAAAAGAACAAACAGCAUCGUUGAUCGCUGAUUGGUCUAUACGACGCCAGAAAAAGAAAGAUUGGUGGUCAGGACCAGGUGGCGGGAUUGUGGGUUCCGUUCUUCAAAAUCUGCCAAAAACAACGACGCCUCUUGGAAAACUAUCUAUAGCACUCACCGUUUUUGAGUCUGGCAAAUACAUACAAGAAGCUUUAAAAAAUGGCGCUUUAAGCUAUACUCAUUGGGAAUACACAUACGAAGAUAGCAUGGAACUAUUAGCAACGCUACCAGCAAUAGUCGGUCUAAUAGCUAAAGGAGAAUUAAAGAAUUUGAAAGAAGAUACUGGUGAUUGGGUACAAUUUCUAUCAGAAUGUUUAUAUAAUACAUUUGAUAUUUCGGAAUAUCAAAAAAAUUCAUUGGUAGACUUUCUUCGACUAUAUAUUGUUUUGAACGCAGACGAAAAUGGUGGAGUUCCUAGUGUUCAUAUUACAGAAAUACUUGGAGCUUCUCAAUUGUAUAUCAAUCAAGCUCUUGCAGCAGGAGCCUUAGCAUAUACUGAUGAACCUAAGAGUGGCACAAUGUCAGAAUAUAUGGAAUUCCAUUCGAAAAUACAACGACUUUUUGGCCAUGAAUCGAAAGAAGAAAAAUUAAAAAAUUAUAUAGCUACUUUGAUUAAAAGGGAAAAAUUAGCUGGUUAUCAAGAAACAAAAUUUUGUGACCCAAAAUAUACCGCAUUGAUAAAUUAUACGAGGGAACAUUUGCCAAAUGAUCCCAAUGUAAAGUUAUCACAAACUCUCACUCAAAUACUUACUAUGAUAAUGAAAACAGCAAAAGGAAAAGAUAUUUAUCCUGAACAAAAUGCAAUUGCUGCACCUAUUUUUCAGUUUUAUGGAUUAAAAGAUAUGAAAUUCAAUCAAGUAUUAUUGUGCAUGUCGCGAGCGUUGGGUGCAAUUGCAUCGAUCAUUUGGACAAAAGCAGUUAAUGCUCCGGUCGAGCAUCCGGUAUCUAAGUGUACUCAUACUUAUUCAAAUUCUUUUCAUGGGUUACGAGGAAAACAUAAACGAGGAAAUCAUGUAAAGAAUACUCGAAAAUAAAUUUUAUUGAAUUCUA